AUGGAUGCUCAGUAUCCCUUUGCCUCGCGCGACGAUAUAUGGCGUGUGUUUGAGGAGUUGAAAGAGCUUCACGCAUCACAGCUCGACCACGCGGAUCGCAUCGCGAGACUGGAGCGACGAAGGGAAGAAGAUGCACGCCUGAAGAGUGUUUGGGGUCCGCUCUCACCAUUUCCUACCUCCGUGGGAGGAAUGAUACAAGCAGAACCGGGCUUUCAAGCAGGUGCGGACGCUUUCAAGAACUUCGAUCAAGGACAGCCUCAAGUCGGUACCAUGGGAUUGGAUUGCGACGAAGAGCCCAGACGGGGCGUGUCAAGAGCGAAUAGCGUUCGAUUCGAUGAAAGUGCUAUCCAUGGAUACUACGGACAGGCCAAUCGAUCCGCCAGCGAGCUUCCAUUGAGAACAGGCAGUUCAAUGGGAAGCCAUCCGUUGAUUGAGCGGUCGCUUUCGCAUAGGUCCGAUGGAAGACAGAGCUCAUCAGGGCAGUCACACCAUUCGGCGCGGACAAAUAGCAUGGGCUUAGAGACAACCAGCAGGAUGAUGAGUUCUUCUGCUGCCGGGUCUCCCCUCAUUCCUCCGCCAGGCCUCUUUCUGCUGGGCCCCGUUCCUUCAAUCAUUCGCUGCUGGCUGACCACUAACUUCUCCAACGAUUCUCUCCAGUACGCUGCUGUCUGCUCGGGGUCAUAUUCUUCUUUCAUCGGUUAUCCAAUGAUUCGGAAAUUUGGUUUGCAGGAUCUCGUGGAACGGGAGGAAGGAGUGCAACGCGUAAAGCUUCCACUCUACCUUCCCGAGGCUAGUGUCCAUCAGAAUUCUUCACGGGCAAGCAGUCCGAUACCUCAGCUCCCGACGUUAACUAUUCGGUUCCUUAUUCGCGAUGGUGAUCCCCACGAUAGUUCCAUUCAGAUCAUUCUUGGGAGUGAUGUUCUGCGGUCGCACAAUGCGGAUGUGCUAUUUUCUCUGGACAAGAUCAUUAUGGUCGACGAUGAAAGAAACAAAAUUUCGAUUCCUCUCGUGCGCCCCGAGAACGAUGCUGCCUUCACGUCCCUGUCCACCGCAUCGGAAGGGUCCCAUGUAGAACAUGCAGUGGCAUGGCAAGUGAAUGGAAAGCCUCAUACUAAUGGGCAUACGACAGUUGGGAUUAUCGGACAGCGCACAGGCCUUCCCCCUGAGUCUACAUCUGCUCCUGACUCGACUGGACUAUCCCCUGCAGAUUAUCAUGAUAGCCAAAAGCCACGCUCGGAAUCUACAGAGACAGCGCGGGAGACUAACUCGAAACAGGGCCUGGGUAAGUCGCCAUCCACCGGAGUCAAUACUCAACCAUGGUCAACAACAAAAGCAGAAGGCACCGGUGUCUGGGGACCGUGGAGACGUGAUGCCAAGGCUGAUUCUAGUGCUGCUGCCACGGCCAAAUCGCAUGGGAGGACGAUGAAAGUGUUACGACCGUCAAAGCCACUCUCCCGCAUAAACACAUCGUCCGCGUCACCACAGACCAGUUCCGCCGCAGACUCCGUAGAGAUGCAAGCAUCGUCUCCUCAGCAGGCGAACCAGCCAGCUUCGCGUGCGUUGACUGAAGAGUCCAGAACAGGCAAAAGUUGGGCCCCCAACCCGGUUGGAGGGGCGUCUGCAUUUGGUUGGCUUAAUUCGUCCCAGCAGCCCAAACAUGUCGUCACGAACCCCGAAUUGAAAUAG